UUACCACUUUACGGUGUUUACAGCGCGCUUGCCAAAAUUUCGAAGGAAAAGUAAUGUUUUCAGCUUAAUCAAAGAUUAAUGAUGGAGGUUUCUAAAAGACAUCAGAGAAGAAGUAACUACAGCCAUCAAACUGCCAGGGGCAAUCCAGAGGGUGAUAGUAUUGUCAAGAAACAAAGGUACAAGGUUGGAGGCCCUCCAGGGGGAGAUUAUGACACCAAUGCUGAAUAUGGCAUGUCACCUGUCAAGAGAAGAAAACAACAUGGGUAUGAGAAUUAUCACUCCACAAAUAAGAAAGGUCACUAUGGCCAGAGUUACUUGGAGUCUGAAGUUUCCACACUUGACAUCUCAGACACGCCAGAGUCUCUCUCACAGAUCAGUGCAAUAGCACCGGUAUCUGACAUCUCAAACAUUCAACCUAGUUUUGCAAGGUCGAGGCAUGGUAAGAUGGCGGCAGACACCACCUGGGAGAAUGCAGUGUCGCACGCUAGAGGGGAACCAGAUGGUGCUGAAAGGUCAUUUCAUAAAAAGAAAAGUAAAGUCUCGAUGAAGGAGCAGCUAGAGACUGUUCCAGAAGAAGAAUCAGUACACAGUAAGGGUAGUAGUGGUGGCGGCAGUAUGAGACAGGUUGAGGGCUCACCGGGUAUACAGAAACCUCCACCCACAACCGUGGAAAGGAAGAAAUCUGUCAAGGGCCAAUUAAGAAAAGCAGCAUCAGUGUUGAAGAAAGCAAGGUCUAAAUCUAAACUUCCAGAAAACAAAGUGGGUGUGAAGAGAAAACUUGAUGCAACCUUAGCAGAUGAAACAAUGACAAAGAAACCUGAUACAAAGGAACUGAGUAAGAAGGAGAGGAAGCAAGUCAGGAAGGCAUUAAAGACAAAUUAUGACCAGAUACAGAGGUCAAAGAAAAUAUGGGAAGAGCUUAGGAGGUUUAAUGUAAAGAAGGAUAGAAAACUGGAACUGUGCAAUGAACUCUAUGAUAUGGUUAAAGACAGAAUGAAGGAGUUUUGUUUUGCCCAUGAUACAGCCAGGGUUGUGCAAUGUUUAAUACAGUAUGGAACUCCAGAACAUAGAGAAAGGGUAUUUGAAGAAUUAAAAGAUGAAAUUCCAAUAAUGGCAAAGUCAAAGUAUGCUAAAUUCUUGGUGAAGAAAAUGCUGAUGUAUGGUACAAAACACCAUCGAAGUGCUGUAUACAAAAGUUUUCAUGGUCACGUUAGGCAGUUGAUAAGACAUAAAGUGGCAGCAGAUGUUGUAGAGUAUGCUUACAAUGAAUAUGCCAAUGCUCAUCAGAGGCUCAGUAUGCUUGAAGAUUUCUACGGACCAAGUUUUUGUCUUUUCAAGACCCCCGAUAUUAAAUGUUUGGGUCAGAUAAUGCUUAGUCAGCCUGACAAGAGAGAAAUGAUUCUGAGAAAUAUGCGAGAAGCUCUGUUACCUCUUAUAGAUAAAAAUAUUCUGGUUCAUUCAAUGGUACAUAAAGUAUUUAUGGAGUAUUUCACAUACGCAGAUGGCAAAAUGAAAGCUGAGAUGAUAGAAGCAUUACGAGAAUCUGUGAUUCAUAUGUUACAUACAAGAGAUGGUGCAAGAGUGGCCAUGCAGUGUAUCUGGCAUGGAACUGCUAAGGACAGGAAAACUAUAAUCAAGAGUUUCAAGGGCAGUGUUGUAAAGAUCUGUCAGGAGGAGUAUGGACACCUGGUCAUGUUGUCUAUAUUUGACUGUGUUGAUGAUACCAAGAUUGUUAAAGCUGUACUUUUAGAGGAAAUGAUGAAAAGUGUAAAUGAUGUAGCUGAGAACCAGUAUGGCAGGAAGGUGUUACUGUAUUUGUUGAGUCCACGAGACUCGCACCACUUCUGUCCAGAUAUUGUACGAGUACUGCAGGAAGGUGAUGCUAGUCUUACAAGCAAGAAGGAUAAGUCAGUGCGGUACCAAGAACUGCUUGCAGCAAUCUCGGAUCAGUUGUUACAGUAUAUAGUAGACAAUGUAUCUAAACUUGUUGUGAACAAUAACAUGCUAGUGUUGAUUGUGGCCAUCAUCACACAUGCUCAAGGAGAUCCAACAGCAGCUAUGGAUGCUGUUGCAGGUAUCGCUGCUGAACCAUUCGUUGUUGGCAACACAGAGGGAGGGCUACACAUCGUUGAGAAUCCAGCUGGUCACAUGACUCUGAAAUGGCUCAUACAGAAUGAUAAACAGAGAAUUAAAACUGGACAAAAAGUGUUGUUCUCUGAAGUGUUACUGAAGAAACUUCCAGAAGGUGCACUUAAGUCGUGGGCAGCUUGUAAUAGGGGAUGCUUCAUAUUAGUUUGUUUGUUGGACCUGGAACACCCAGAGAUUACGAAGACAGUUGUAGGUCAGUUGAUGAAGGGAGUGCGACAUUCGUUGAAGAAAAUGACAUUUAAAGGAGCUCAAAUACUUGCACAGAAACUGGACGACGCAAAAUCAUCUGUCUAGAGUUUGAGAAAAAAUGACUUUGUGAUGCAAAACUUAAAACUGAGCUCACGUCAUGUAUAAGUAAAUAGUGUGAUAGGAGAUGAGGAUUUGCUCUAAAUCUGCAGUAACUUUUAAAGUAAGCUCCAUUCUGGUGUAUGUACAUAAUUUCCAGAAUUUAUGUACUGUAAGUGAUCCAGCAUGAGGUAUGUAUGUGCAUUGAGUGCACUUGUUAAAAGUUACAUGUAGAAGAAAUUUUCUUAAAGCGAAAUAAUACUAAAGUUACUCGAGAUGAAGUUUUUUGAUUAGGCGGAGUUUGUGUAAAUCGACGAUUAAUAAAUGAAAUGAGUAAACACUCUGUAAGGGCAUUCAUUUCAACCAGACUGUACUUGUGUUAAUUUUUGAGAAGUCAUUUUAUGUAAAUAUGUAUAAAAUGUGUGUAAAUAAGGUUUUGAUUUAUUUCUUUGUGUGUUUUUAGUCUUUAACCUUUGUAUGUAAAGUGUUUUAAAUGAUUUUGCCAUGUGUAUAAUUUUACUUAUAGUUGUUUAAAAUCUGAAAUUUACACAAGAUGUAAUAACUACUUCAACAUGGUUCACCAUGAUUAACAAACCAUACCAAACAGUUUAUAUGAGCAAAUAGUAUGAUGGAAAAUAUAGGAUAUAAUAUAUGGAUGGAAAAUAUAGGCAGGGUUUUCUUUUUCAAACAAUUUGCUUUUAAGUAUGUGCUUUCACUAAACUUUAAUAUACAUAUGUUAAAAUCCUUUUGAAUAUGUUAUUGUUGGUGCAACUAUGAUGGAAAGUUUGAUUAUUUGAAAGGUCUUAUUCUGUUAAGUUUGGUGGUAGAUAUGUGCCUUAAGGAAAUUGUGGGGGCCUCCAUGGCCUAGUGGUUAAAGUCGCCGAUUUAGAAACACUUGUCCGUCACCGGUGUGAGUUCAAAACCUUGCUUUGGGUGUAGAACUUUUACUGUGAGGAAGAUAUCAAGCUGGUUUAAGGAAGGUGGGUGGUUCUACCCAGGUGCUCGACCGUGCCUGAAACAAUGCUGGGAGGUGUACCUGGGGGUCUUUGAUUAUCAAAAGCUUGAGAACUCAGAAGUCGCCACGAUGGUGGGACUCAAAUCCUAACAAAAGCAAAAAUAGUAUCUUGGUUAGAGAGAUGUCUGUUUGAUUUACAGUCGAAUUUACAAACUUAGUAAUGAAAGUGGUCAUUAUUGAACAUUUUGAAUUAAAGAAAAAGACUUGAAGUGGGGUACUAUAUAGAGGAAUGAAUCAUAAACUGAAUGAUUUCUGAAAAAUAAUGAAGAAAUUGGUCUCCAACUUUUACGUAAGUUUAGAACAAUGCUGUGAAAAAGUUGAACACAGGUGGCAUUAGGGUUGAAUUUGUAAGAAAUACAAAUGUUUUUCAUGUCAUUUUCUGCAUUAAAAUAUAUAUGAAAUGUAUAUAUUUACUGAAACGUAUUUUAUUACUGCUGUUCAAUUGUUUAUAUGGACAAGACAUGUUAGUAAUGGGUGCAAGAAUAUUCUAAAGUUCCAGUAAAAUAUUUUGUGAUAUUUCUUUUGUGGCUGGGAUACCCUUGAGAUGAAUCUUCGUACAUUUUAAAGACUUAGUUGUUUGAAAAUCACCCUGAUUUGGAACGAUUUUUAAAGACUUAAAUGCUUAUUUCAUGUACCAUAUGUCAGCACUUGUUAUUGACUAUAUGCAAUUUUUCAUUUUAUGUUGUCAUUUUUGAAGGAUGAAAUUGAAUAAAUAAAAAAAAUGUGGCUUCCAAGAAA